AUGUGGAACUCCCCCAAGGUCGGAAUUCUCGGUGGCGGCCAGCUCGGCCGCAUGCUCGUCGAGGCCGCCAACCGAUUGAACAUCCAGGCCAACAUCCUGGACGCCGACAACUCCCCGGCCAAGCAGAUCAGCUUCCACGACGGCCAUGUCACCGGAUCUUUCAAGGAGCGCGAGGCUGUCCGUCAAUUGGCAAAGUCUUGCGAUGUCAUUACCGCAGAGAUCGAGCACGUCGAUACCUAUGCCCUCGAGGAGGUCGCCUCGGACGUCCGUGUGGAGCCCAGCUGGCAGGCUAUUCGCACCAUCCAGAACAAAUUCAACCAGAAGGAGCACUUACGCAACUAUGGAAUUCCCAUGGCUGAUCACCGGGAGCUGGUUCAAAACACCCCGGAGGAAUUGGCAAAGAUUGGAGAGGAGCUCGGUUACCCGUUGAUGUUGAAGUCGAAGACCAUGGCAUAUGAUGGGCGGGGUAACUUCCGUGUGAACUCCAAGGCCGACAUCCCCGAGGCUCUCGAGGCACUCAAGGAGCGACCGCUGUACGCGGAGAAGUGGGCGUACUUCAAGAUGGAAUUGGCUGUUAUGGUCAUCAAGACCAAGAACGAUGUCCUGUCAUACCCCACCGUCGAGACCGUGCAAGAAGACUCAAUAUGCAAGCUGGUCUACGCGCCAGCCCGGAACGUAUCCGACAAGAUCAACGAGGAAGCCCAGGCCAUGGCCCGGAAGGCCGUUGCCGCAUUUGAAGGCAAGGGAGCCUUCGGCGUGGAGAUGUUCCUUCUGGAAGACAACAGCCUGAUGUUGUGCGAGAUCGCCAGCCGAAUCCACAACUCUGGCCACUACACCAUUGAAGGAUGCGGUAUGUCCCAGUUCGAGGCCCACAUCCGCGCCAUCAUGGAUCUCCCCAUCCCCGCCAAGAGCCUCGAGAUCCGUCAGCCCUCCAUCAUGCUUAACAUCAUCGGCGGCUCUGCACCCGACACCCACCUCAAGGCCGCUGAGGCCGCCCUCUCCAUCCCCAAUGCAAGCAUCCACCUGUACAGCAAGGGUGCUGCUAAGCCCGGUCGGAAGAUGGGCCACGUUACCGUCACCGCUGCAUCGAUGCACGAAGCCGAGACUAUCAUCGAGCCUCUCGUCAAAGUCGUCGACGAUAUCCGUGCUCAGCGCACCGAUAUCAAGACCAAGGCUGUGUCCUCUACCCCUGGCAAGCCCGCUCCCCAGGUUGCGGUAGUCAUGGGCUCCGACAGUGAUCUUAAGACUCUAGUACCAGGCCUAAAGCUGCUGGAGAGCUACUUUGGCCUCGUACCCGCCGUCGAGAUCACUUCUGCCCACCGUACCCCGAACUACAUGGCCGAGUACUCUGCUGAAGCUGCCGCGCGUGGUAUCAAGGUUAUCAUCGCUGCCGCUGGUGGUGCUGCCCACCUCCCCGGUAUGGCAGCCGCUCACACUGCUCUCCCUGUCAUCGGUGUGCCGGUGAAGGGCAGCGUCCUGGAUGGCGUCGACAGCCUGUACAGCAUUGUGCAGAUGCCCCGUGGUGUCCCCGUCGCAACCGUCGGUAUUAACAACAGCAUCAAUGCCGCUCUCCUCGCUGCCCGUAUCAUCGGUGCCUUCGACCCCGCCAUCCAGCGUAAGGUGGAGGCCUACGCUGAAGAGGCCCGCGCCGAGAACAUGGAGAAGAAGGGUACUAAGCUGCAGGAGCUGGGCUGGGAGAAGUACUUUGCGCAGAUGUAA